AUCCCUCUACUUCCUGCUAUUGAUUCUCCCUGGAGGAGUCAUCAGAUUCUCUCAGUCUUGGUAACUGACAAGAUGUCCCUGUGGACUCCUUAACUCUAUUCCAUAUGGGGAGGGGUCCUUGACACCAAGAUUUUAAAAGCCCCAAAUUCAGAACAAAAUUAGAAAACUCACAGGUAAAAUAGUAGUCAUUGUAGGGUUCUGAAAAUAAGUGGAAAUGAUGGGCCUCAGAGGUCUGGCAGCAACCAUCUUGGCCCUUUUCCUGGUGUUUUCUUUCCUGGGAAGUUCCAGCAGCGCUCCACAGGGACUGUUUGAGAGAAGGAACUGGACUCCUCAAGCUAUGCUCUACCUGAAAGGGGCGCAGGGGCGCCGCUUCAUCUCAGACCACAGCCGGAGGAAGGACCUGGCUGACAGGCCAGCGCCGGAAAGACGAAGCCCAAAUCCCCAACUACUAACUCUUCCAGAGGCAGCCGCCCUAUUACUGGUUUCCUUGCAGAAACCACAAGAAGAUGAGGAAGAAAAUUUUGAUCAAACCAGAUUCCUGGAAAACAGUCUGCUAAACUGGUGAAAAAUGUAUCAGAUUAUGCUCAACUAUAGUUCUAUUCUUGUUGAAAAUAUGAACCAUGUGAAUAAAACCCUUGGACUCCUUU